AAUCCAACACCACCAAGAAAAAGACAGACCAAUAUGUUUAAUAAACUGCAUCGCAAAAGUCUACGAAAAUCUUAUUAAAAAGAGAAUGGCGGAGGAAAUAGAAAGUAAGGGGUGUAUAAACCAUGCGCAGUUUGGUUUUACCAAGGGAAAGAGCACAAUGCACGCUAUCAGAGAAAUAUGCAAUACAGUGCGAGAACUAGAAGGUACAUAUCACGCCCUAGUUCUUUUAGACGUCAAGAAUGCUUUCAACUCUGCAUCAUGGCCAUUAAUUAUACGCAAACUCAGAGAGAAAGGAAUAAGCACGUACCUUAUAAACAUUAUUGCAUCUUAAAGACAGGAAAAUCAUAGUAGCAAAGGAUAUAGAAAAGGAUAUUGGUGGCGGAGUACCCCAAGGAUCUGUACUUGGCCCGCUACUAUGGUUAAUUUUAUACGACGAUGUCAUGACCCUACAAAGACCCAAGGUAAAGCUGAUCUGCUAUGCCGAUGCCUGGCAAUGCUCGUAUCAUCAAAGGUUCCAAGGGAACUAGUAAUAAUCACAAACGAAGUCUUAUACGAAAUCGACCUAUGGAUGGAAUGGAACGCACUUCAACUUGCCCCCGAAAAAACAGAAGCCAUUUUGUUAUGUCAUAGACCUCAAGGAGAAAUACAGUUUAAUCUAAAUGGAAUUGACAUCAAACCAGUCCCAAUAGUAAAAUACCUUGGUAUGACACUAGAUCGCCAUCUAAAUUUUGGAAAACAUUUACAAGAAGCACGCAAAAAACUAAACUACACUAAAGGUCACCAAAGCACUAAUGGCAGUUCUCCCCAAUAUAAAAGGUCCUACAUCAAUGAAACGUAGAACGUUGGCAAUGACAACACAGUCAAUAAUGAUGUAUGGAGCACCGAUUUGGGAAAGAGCAGCCAAUUUUACUAAAUAUUUGCAGACCAUAAAAUCUACACAAAGACCAAUGGCUCUGCGCAUAUGUAGCGCAUACUGUACAGUUUCCACAGAUGCAGUACUAGUCCUGGCAAUUCUAUCUCCGCUGCAUCUACUUGCACAGGAAAGAAAGGCACUUAUGGAACAGGGCAGCAACACUGAAGCGGAUAAAAACAGGGAAAGAGAACAUACUAUUCAAAAAUGGUAAAUAGAAUGGGAAAGAUCAGAAAAAGGGCGCUGGACAUAUCGCCUGAUACAAAAUAUCAAAAGAUGGAUAGACAGAAAGUGGGGAGAAUUAAAUUACUACACAACGCAAUGUUUUACAGAGCAUGGAACCUUUAGUACAUACCUUCAAAAAAUAAAAAAGAAAACAAACGAUAAAUGUUUAUAUUGUCACGAAAGGGAUGACGCAGAACACACGAUUUUUAAAUGUGACCUAUGGACGGAAAAUAGAAAUAUAUUAUUUAAUACUACAGGGAGCCUAAACCCGGAAAACCUAGUAGAAAAAAUGUUAAAAUCAAAAGAAAACUGGAGAAAGAUCGAAAAAUUAUUAGAGACGAUAAUGCAAGAAAAAACACAGCUCAAAUUAGAAUUAGAAAAUAGUCAAGACAUAUAGUUCUCUAAUAGAGAAAAAUACGGCCCGGGGUAAGAACUGAUGCGAAAUCCAAUAGGAUAAUUCCAGUUCAAAUGCUUCCCCUUCCAUCGGCAAAGGGGCCAGCGGUGUUUUAGUGGGUAUGGGAUGGGUCUAACCGAGUCCCACAGUGCUGGUUACAUUUUCUCAUCACUGUAACCAGCGUAAAUGCAUUUCAUCGCUAUACAAAAAAAAAAAGGGUUAGGUUGGGUUGGGUUGGGUUCCCCUUCGAGGAGCCGCUAGACCUUGUCGCUGAUGGAGGGGGCUCAGACAGCCGUCCAGCCUUAAACACCCAUUGUGCCCGGUUGGACGACUGUCUGCAAAGGACGGCUCAGGCGCUUACUCGUAGCGCCUCCUAAAAAAAAAAAAAAAAAAAAAAUGUUAUCCAGUACUCUCACCCUACUUACCCUGUAAACGCUAUCCUUAUCACACGGUUUCGCUGCCUGGCAGCAACCACUUUUCCCCUCCGACGCUAUUAGGUAACGAGGGCUAGGAGACUCCUUUUCUUUCCACCAUCCUACCUGAAAAAAAAAAUUAAAAAAAGAAAAAAAAAAUGGAUAUAUCGACUAUGACAUGGCAAUGGACACGGAACAAAAAAACCUACUAAAAUGAAAAAUACAAACCAAGAACCGAAGUUUACGGUGCAGGGGAGGGACACCUCAGUACCGGUCGGUGCCGCGGGUGAGCGAGCAGGCCCCGCCCGACCAUCAGCAACCUACUGCCCAGCUCCACUGACAGGAAACCAGGUCAUAGAGCAGAAUAGCGCGACUGGAACCUCUCUGAAAGAAAAAAGGAAGAAAUCCAAAUCCUGUAAAUGUAAUAAAAAUGAUGGCAAGAAACAGAAGCAAUAGUCUGACCGCCUGUGUUUCACCAAAAAAUGAAAAAAACAAGAAAAAUAUCAGAUACGUCCUUUGACAGAUCACUAGAAAUGGAUGAUGAACCAUACAAGAAGUCUGAUCUGAUGACUGAUCCUGAACGAAACCAUUGACAACAUAAUUCUAGCCAGCGAGUUUUUAAACAAACACAUUGAAAAUAAUACAAAAAGAGAAGUAAAAGAAGCAAACAUAAAACUAAGAAGACAGGUAGAAGUACUAAAGCAACAAUGUAUAAAGGAAUUACUAGAAGAUAUUAAAAGUGAAAAAAUAAAGAAAAUGACUUUCGAGGUAGACAGUCAAACAAGUCCAAUAAAAAACAGGGACACAGAAAACACUAACACUAACGAACAAGUAAAUAAAUUCAAAACAAGAACAAUCGGCACACAAACAUAUGACAAACACCAAGACUUUGUACAUGAAGAAGACCUGCAACGUCAAACAGCUACGAGGACUAGAAAAAAAUAUCAAACAAAAAGUUUGAAGAAGGGGUCUUCAAAAAUACAGAAAUCAUAGUAGGAAACCCAAUAAAUAUUGCAACGCCUCUACUAAAGUUAUAUUAGUAGAACCAAAUGAUCAGCAGAUGGAGAAAGGCAUACAAAGCCAAUAUAAAAUACGAUUCCCUGAAAUCGAAUACACGGUGGAAGGCUACGAAUCUUUAGAAGUCAUUACAAAAACGAAAACUACAAAAGGCUGCUCAGAAGUCACACACAAACUAGUAGUUAUAAGGUAUAACGAUAAUGAGGCAGAACUGUGGGAAAACUUAAUCAUGCUAAGGGACUCUCUGGACAACAAUGGGAUGGUGACUAUACACCAGAUACAAAACUGCUCCACAAACUACCUUAGAAAACUGGUCGAAGCAAUCUUCCACCAAACAAACAUAAAGAUCCAAAUAUACACCACCGGACAGCAUGGGGAAAACACAAAUAGGGCAAGUAACCAAGGUCCACGGAUACGAGAAAGAGAGACCUAUGCGAUAAUAGUGGAUAAUAAAAACCAGGACUACUCCCAGGUACUUAAGGAGGUAAAACAAAAAAUAGGCAAAUCUGAGCAUAAGGAAUGCAUUAGGUCGAUAAGGACAACUAAGACAGGAAACCUGUUAAUUACAACUGAAAAAAACUUGGAAGCAUUACAAAACAUAGAAUCGACACUCAAACAAAGUUCGCUUGAAGUUAGAACCAGCACGGGCCGAUUAUCAAAUGAUGAAGACAAAACAACAAUAUUUAUUAAGGGGCUGGAAAAAUCUGCCGAAAAACAAGAAAUUAUUAAUGCUCUUCUAGAGAAGGCUCCAACUCUAAAAAAUGAAGAUAUUUCGCUUGGACAAGUAAGAGAAGUCGCAAAUUGCACCUUGACAGCCAGUGUUAAAAUCCCAUCGAAAGAGGCAGAUCAGCUGACCCAAAAUAGAUUUCUCCGUGUAGGGUUAGUGAGAUGCAUACUACAAAAGCAAAUUCGUAUGGAAAGAUGUAGUACCUGCUGGUCAUACGACCAUAAUACACAAAAUUGUGAUGGACCAAAUAGAACUUCACUGUGUUAUAGGUGUGGCAAAACUGGACACGCUGUUAAGGAAUGCGAAGAAGAUGAGUACUGCCCUCUCUGCCACAUCCCUGGGCACAGAGCGGGUACUGCAAGAUGCCAUACAUUUAAGAGGUCCCUCUCUAAUAGGAGAAGAGAGGAUUCAAAAAAGGUACAAGCGCAAAACUCUGGUAAAGGGAAGAAGGUCACCGAGCUAAAAUUAACAUCAAUCGGUGUAGAGCCGCACACGACCUGCUCUAUAGUGAUAUUACAAAAAGCCACCUUGACAUUUUCCUCUGACAGGAACCGAAUAUAGCUCUAAGUAAAAAUUUCAUAUGUGAUCUCGACACUAAUAUUUUUAUCUACAUUGACCAUAAGAUUACAACUGUUAAAACCUCUAUAACACCUAACCUAACCUAACUUAACCUAAGGACACGGCUUUGCUGCGGUGGAAUUGGAAAACUGUGUCCUGUACUCUGUAUAUAUGUCUCCAAAUGUUGAGGAUGAAAAUCUUGAGAGACUCCUCCAUGAUAUCAGUACCCAUAGAAGAACUACGAAUAAAGAAGUUAUUCUAAAUGCAAAGACUCCUAUAAUUGGGUCUAAAAUACAAAACGCCAGAGGACAAAUCCUCUCUGACUGGAUAGCAUAGGAGGAACUUGUAGUAGCCAGCCAGGGAAACGACCCUACUUUCUUGAGCUCUACGGGCAAUUCGCGCAUCGAUUUUACCUUGACGUUACCCUUAAUCUACAUGAGAGUCGCUAACUGGAGGCUGGAACAACAUGCCGAAAACCUAAGUGACCACUGCUCAAUUCUUUUCGAGGUACAUGGGCAAAACAAAACGGACAAAAGGGCAGAAGAAUCUGUAAAAUGAAAAAUUUUGCCGAGGACUCCGGUCUUACAAAAAUAACAGACACAGAUAUAAGAACAGAAGAUUAUACCGACGUAAUACGAAAGCUAUGCGAUAAACACUUUAAGCAAAUUAAACCAAAUAGCCCAAACCGUAAACCGCAAUACUGGUGGAAUGAAACAAUAAAUAUAAUAAGAAAAAACUGUACUAGUCUAAGAAGAAAAAUCAUGCGCAUGAAGAAACAAAACAAGCUUACUGAAGAAGCGCUAACAAACUACAAAGAAACAAAAAAGCAACUUAAAAACGAAAAAAAAAAAGCAAAAAACAAAAAUGGAAUGAGCUCUGUAGCGACCUUGAAGAAAACAUAUGGGGUAGAUAGAAGCAACAAAGAAAAUCGGUUUACAGUGCAGGGGAGGGAUCCCCCGUACCGGUCGGUGUCGCGGGUGAUGAAACAGGCCUGCCCCGACCGCCAGCAAGCUACUGUUUAUCGUCCUCGGUAGGGAACCAGGCUGGGACGAGGACUGCAACUGGAACACCACCACAGACAGGGUUAAAUCCCUUUGAAAGAAGGAGCUCGAUCCAAAGAACACCACCUAGUAUGAACGAAGAUACUCUAGUAGCAGAAAAGGACAUAACUAACCCAAGCAAGAAGCGAAAGGCGUGCACUAACAGUCCACCCCUGGCAGAGCGCAUAAAGGACAUCGAGACUUCCCCGAAAAUCAAUGAUUUACAAAAAAAGGUAGGGGAAAUGGAAAAAUUUAUCUCUGAAAAUAGAAACGUACACAGAGAAAUAAAAGAUAUAUUUGCACAUAUGAAGUCCCUGUUAAGAAGCAUAGUACAGGAACACAAAUUAGACAAACUAUUAAAGACAGAACAAGAGGUGGGCUACAAAAAUGAGAUAAAAAAGCUAGAGGACCUGAUUAUUCUUGAAAGAAAUAACUCUAAAGGAACAAAUAUAGCAUGCAAAACUUGUGAAACAAAACCGGAAAAACAAAACAAAUUAGACACCAUAGACACAGAGAUGCCAUAUAAACAUUUCCUUAUAAUUGUGGAUAAACAGUGGGCAAAUAGUAUUUUUAAAAAUACUAAAAUUAAGAUCGGCGACCCUACAGACUGUAAGGAUUCUAAAGUAAAAGUUGUCUUCGUAGAGCCAAAAGACGAAGAAAUGAAAGAAAGCAUUCAAAGGACAUACCGAUUUAAAUUUCCCGAACUAGCAGAGAUUAAAGACGAUUACGGUACUCUGUAUCGGACUACCAAAUACAAAACCGAUAAUGGAGAUAUUAAGACUGAAGAACAAGAGGUGGUCAGAAUAAAAAUAACUGAGUAACAAACGAUAUAGGCACAGCUCCAAAGACUAAAAGAGGCCUAUAUCGGGCAUAAAUGUAUUGCAUUACAUCACAUCAAGUCAAUGACACUACAAAAACUUCAAAAACUGGUUGAAGCGGUGUUCCAUGACACUGAGACAAUGGUAAUAAUAUACACCACAAGUCAAAAAAGCAUGGAGGGCAAUACAAGAAAAAUCUUAAGCCAAGAAAGAAAUAAGGAAGGCAGUACUUACGCACUUGUUGUGAACAAGAAAGGACAGGCCUAUAAGGAUACACUGGUGGAAAUAAAAAAGGCAAUCACAGACCCGAAAAUCAGGGAUAUCAUAAAGAGUGUACGGUAAACAAAGGACGGAUCAGUGCUAAUCAUUACUGAGAAAAAACAAGCUGAGACCAUAGCUCUACAAAAUACCAUAGCGGCUAUAAAGGAAAGAGUUCAAGAGUCGCACACCAGCGUAAAGGGCCUAAGCCCGGAGCUACCACAAACCAUACACCUAAAAGGUAUGGAUGAAACCACUACAAAGGAAGAAGUGAUAGAAGCCAUAGAGUCUAAGUUAGGAAAAUUAAAAGACACAGAAUUUAAAUUAAGCGAGUUUCGACCAAAUGCUGGCAGCACUUUAGCGGUAUCACUAUCUCUAAGUGACGCUAACGCUGCUAAGCUGAUCCAACAAGGUGAUAUAAGAAUUGGAAUCGUAAGCUGCAACAUGGAGGAGCGGAUAAUACUGACUAGAUGCAAAAAGUGUUGGGAAUACGACCACGGAACCAAGAACUGUAUGGGCGUCGAUAGAUCUUGCUUUAAAUGUGGGGCUAUGGGCCAUCUUGCUACAACAUGCAAAAAAGAAGAGGCCUGUCCUCUAUGCAGACAGACAGGGCACAGGGCAGGAUCUGGGCGAUGCGUCAUAUACAAGAAUGCCCUUGCUACUCAAAGAAAAAGUAUAAGAAAAGUAAGAGAACAAGCUGCUCAAGACAACCAAAAAGAAGAAAAAAAUAUUGACAAAGACAUAAUCUGCGAUAAUGCUAUUAUGCUAAACUAAAUAUAUAAAAUGGCGCUGAAUAUUCUAUAAAUAAACACAAACGGCUGCCUGGCCGCCCAUGAUAUGGCAAAUUUUACAGGCCUCCAAAAAAAAAUGCGACUUUAUAUGUGAACCACACAAGAAAAAAUGUCAAAGCAGAAAAAACAUAUAUCAAAACGAACAGGCCACUGUAGCUAUAAUAAAUUCAAGUAAACAAUAUUCUGUUAUAAAAUAGAACCAAGGAGAACACUUUGUGAAUGUGCAAACCAUGGCAUUUUCACUAUAUAGCGUAUAUAUUAGCUCAAAUUGCACAUAUAUGUAGAAUUUGUCGACUGCUACUCAACCUACUUGAACUAACGGACUUGGAGUUGACAAGAAAUAGAGCCAAUCUGACAAAAAUAAUAAUAAUAACAGGGGAUUUUAAUGCUAAGAAUCAAUAUUGGGGAGGUAAUGUCACAAUAAAAAAGGGACUGCACUUCUAGAAUGGAUAAUGGCCGUCGACCUGCAAGUCCUAAAUGAUGAACUGUACCCACUCCAGAGAGAUGAAAUGGAUACUCAUAUAUAGACCUUACAAUGGUAUGCACGAAACUAAGUAAUAAUAACGCUACAUGGAAAGUCCUUGAUGAAUCAACAAUGAGCGACCACAACUAUAUAAGGACACAACUACAACUCGAAAAUCCCAGGCGGCAACAAAUUGCCACCCAUAUAUUUAACCAUAGGUCAACAUAAAAUGCAAUAUAAAAGGGUGGACAAGAAAAGAGUGCUGGACUAGCCUAUCUCGCGGAGAGUGGUCGUGCAAGUUCUUUAAAACAAACAUAUAGGCUGCACCAAAUUUACAAAAAAAACGACUUAUCUGGGAGCCUGGGACACCACAACAGACUCAAGGAAGCGAGGACACCAUCAAACAACUGGACAUAUCUGGAGCUUCAUUAUACCAAACUAACUUUCAUCCAAUCUGGAAACUGGAGACCAACGAGGAAGAAUAUAACUGCUUUGGAUCUUUCUUUUCACCCUAUCCUUCAACCCUAAAAUACCCCAGUACCCACGUAACUUUUGUCAUAAAUUUAAGAAUAAAUAUUUAAUUUAAAUUUAGAGUACUUAUUUAAUUAUUUAAUUUGUUGUAAUAAAAUUUUAGAAAUAAGCUAUUAUGUAAUAAAAUUAUUCUUUAGUGUCAAUAAAAUGUACAGUUAAUAUCAAAACUUCAAGAUGAAUAAAGAACUUAUUUUUAAUA